AUGGCGUCUGCAGUAACAGACUUGGAAGCUGGCCUACAGGCCAUGCUCAAUUUGAAGCCACCAGGUGUAUCCGGCUCUCGUAUUACUAGCCUCACGUCUCUCUGCGUCGCCAACAUUCAGUCCGAAUCUGUCCUCCUUCAAAAAAUCUACACACACUUCAAGAAAACUCCAGGAACACACAAAUUGGGCGUCCUCUACGUCGUAGACUCUGUAACCCGCAAGUGGCUUGAACAAGCAAAGUCUCAGGGUCAGCCCAUAAACAGCUCUGCCCAGGAUGGCACGUAUGCCGCUGGAGUGCACCGAGUAACGGAACUGAUGCCUGUUUUGAUGAAUGACAUUCUUCAGUCUUGCCCAGAAGAUCAAAAGGAAAAGAUCAAAAAAUUGCUUGAUAUCUGGGAGAAGGGCCAGACCUUCCCCACAUCCAUGAUAGAAUCAUUCAAGGAGAAAGUCAACGCUCCCUCACCACCAAAAUCAACAACUCCCCCUGGUAGCCCGCCUGCUGGAUUGGCAGCUUCGCUCCAGAACCAGGCGCAGAACAAGCCUGCUGCGCCAAACGGCUCGUCCAUCUUGGAAGCCUUGGCUAAUAUUGCUCGUCAAAACACCUCGGCUGCACCAAGCAACCAGUCCCUCCCAGCUCCCGCCGCAUCAUAUAGCAUGCCUCCCGCUGCCUCCAACGCGCCCCCAGCUUCCGCCACUCCCCCGGGGCUAUCACAGGCCCUUGCUUCAUCGCUCUCACAGCCUCACCAGUCGUAUCCCCCGGCUGCGCAACCCGUAAACGUGUCGUCUCUGCCCUUCUCGUUGACUCAAAUGCUUGGUCAAAAUGCUCCUCAAGCGAUGCCAGCCAGUGCGAGUAACCCAUCCAACCCAUAUGCGGCAGGGUCUGCAGCGCCUCCCGCCGCAGGGCCCGGCGGAGCUGGUCUAGGACCGGACGUACAGCAGCAGAUUAUGCUGAUCAAGGCCCUCGCCGACCAAGGCGUUCCCUUUGAUAAGAUUCCCGCUCUCAUCCAGAGCAUGACUUCUGCCACUACCACAGGAGGGUAUCCGGCAGCGCAACCUCCCGCCCCUGUCCCCACUGCCCAAGGCACCUUUCCAACGGCUCAGCAGCCAUGGGGUGCGGCCGCUUCGGGCCCUGCGCCUGACCAGGGCUACCAGGACAACGUAAGAUCUCCUAGAUAUCGCGGCCGUUCUCGCUCUAGAUCACCUGAGCGCGGCUGGAAUGCUCGCGGUUCUCCACGUGGUGGACGUGAAUAUGGACAUAACUCACCUCCCCGAGGACGCAUGGAUGAUCGAGACCGCAAUGGCCGAGGAGGCAAUGAUUACCGCCAGCGUAGCCCUCGUGGGCGCCAUGGACGAAGCCCUUCUCCCUCCCAAGAAUUCCAGCAGGAGAAGUGGGUUGAGUUCGACCCAGCGCUUCCAUCUGGCCACAUCAAAGUUCUUAGCCGUACCCUGUUUGUAGGAGGCGUUACUUGCUCCGAGGCCGAGCUGCGUGGCAUCUUUGGCCGUUAUGGCACUGUUCAGACGUGCAUUGUGAACAAGGAUAAACGCCAUGCCUUUGUCAAGAUGUUGACACGUCAGGACGCCAUUAGGGCAAAGGAUGCCAUGGAAGAUGCCAGGGGUCUUGAGUAUCCCCUUCGUACCAGAUGGGGCGUUGGGUUCGGUCCUAGAGACUGCAGCGAUUACUCAACCGGCAUCAGUGUUAUUCCCAUCCACAAGCUCACCGACGCCGACCGAAAGUGGAUGCUCACUGCUCCGUACGGCGGAAGCGGAGGCCGGCCCAUUGAGACGGGCAUCUGUGUGGAAGAGCCCGACAUUGAAAUCGGCGCUGGCGUUUCGUCCAAGGCCAUCAGCCGCCGGAUGCAGACAGACAAGGGCGGUAGCAACGGUCCCAAGUCUACCCGCCACCGCGAGGACGACCCACGCUGGCGUCGGGGCCGAGAUGAUGGGCCUGGCCAGAUAGAUCUCGAUGGCCAACAGCAGCAAAACAACAUGGCCGGUUUCCCCUUUGGCAUCGGUACCUUGCCCAACGGCAUGCCCAACUUCCCGACGGGCUUUCGGUUCCCAGAUCCCAACACUGCUGGGAGAACCUGA